UUCUUCGACUUCUGGGAAGUAAUUUCAUAAUUUCUCGACGGAUUUUGAUACCCUUAGUAUCUUAUUUAUCUGUAGUGAGGGAUAUAGGGUUUCUUUCUAAGGAUUUGUGGGUUUUUCCGAUCGAAAUAGUUGCUAAAUGCUUCGAAUGGUUAGAUUUUACAUCCUCACCGCUAAAUCCGAGUAGGCGUGUUUUUCGGCCAAGGCCGAGGUUCUGAUUGGCUGACGGUCAAUUCUAAUGACUUAGGAAGUCUCGUGAUUCUGGGCACCAUAUCAAAAAACAAUAACAAAACAAACUUUACGGAUCGCUCGAACAGUUUCUGCUUUUAAAGCUAAAAAUUCCAAGGUUUUUUCUAAAGUUCCAAGAAAAAAAGUAAAAGUUUAUGCAUAAGACAAUAGGAUUUUCUCCGCUUCCUUUGGAAGUGGAGAAUGCUUUUGGAAAUACCUCUAUGAGGGACAUUCUGGAAUAUGAAGAGGGAUCAAAUCCAUUUGAACAAAGUCCUUUGUCGGACAGUUCUCAACAAUCAACAUGUUACGAGCCUUGGGAGGACUUCCAAUCGCUCUCGCCAUUCGGGGCAGAUUGGGAGAUGGAACAAGAGUUUUUCAAGUCUGAUUUCAAUGAUCUUGAUUGUAAAAGCCAAGGCCCAACUCUCGCAGAGUUGAAUAAUCAGAGAUCUACGUCUCCGUUGAUUAAUCCUGAGAUGGAAAGACUACAUCGAAUAGCAACAAGAACCGAAGCAGAGCCAACGAGCUCCUCAAGAAACGGGUCGCAUCUCUUGUUGAAAUAUAAUGCGGAUGAACGAGAAUUAAACACGGAAAAUCGGCGUUUUUUUACUAGUAAAAAUAAUGGAAAGGCUUUCUUCGGGGAGAUGUCUGGUGGUAGAUCGCUGCCAGGCGAGGAAGACAAAAGUUUGAAGUCAAGUCGUGAGUUGGAAAGUGGGACUCAAAUGGUAACCUCGUCAACUUGCACGGAACAUAAGGACGACACGAUUGAGCUUAAAAAAGAUCCAAUGCUCAUGAGAAGAACUGCUCUAAGUGAGCCUAAGUCAAUUGGUCAAACUAUUGUGGACUAUGCUAAGGAUAUUCAGCGAAAUCAUUUGGAUUUGUCGUCGACCUCAUCGCGCGAUGAAUCUGCGAGCGAAAUAUGCAGUAGUGCAAGAAAUAAGGAAGAACUGCCUGUGAUUAAAGAAGAAUCUGCCGAUGAAGAUAUAGACAGUGAUGAGGAUUUUGAGGAACCUCGUUGUACCAAUGAUGGUGAAAGUAAUGCAAAACAACGAAAAGGACGAAGGGGUGAUGUUGAAGACUUGAGCCCCAAUCCUCGAAGGUUACUCGAGAUUGGAAGAGAACUCAACCGUCUAACAAAAAUCAUUACGGAACUUAAACCAAUUCACAGCCUUCCUAUGUCUGCAAGGAAUAAGUCUAAAAAGGAGAAAAACAAGCUAGCAUCAAGGGCAUGCCGACUAAAGAAGAAGGCCCAGCAUGAAUCUAAUAAACUAAAGUUACAUGGCCUGGAGCUGGAACGACAACGGCUGGUUUCGUUGAUCGACAAAGUCAAAGAAGAGAUUCUCCAUGACACAGAAGGUUUUACAGUUAGUGGCGAACUAAGUAACAAGGUGGAAAGCCUGAUACAUACCACAGUAGGUGAACAAGUUGUUGCUGGUCACCUGAGUGCAUUUGUCGAGUCCGUUUUGAAGGCAACCGCCAAUGCAACCCCAGGAUAUCAAGGUGUGGAUGUACAACUGAACAUCUGAUUAAACAAAACCAUCCAUGCUUGACUACCAAAGAGCAUCCCGUGCUAACAAUGCACUUCAUGUGGGAAAAAAUUAUAUAAAUAUAUAUUAAUAGUGCUUGAAGGUAGAUGAUGGGCAAAAUUUUGAUCAUGAUAAGGAGUAAAUUGUUUAAUACUAGUCUGCAUUUAAUAUUUGUUAUAUUAUCAGAACAAGUUUAAGAUUGUGUGAGAGAAGUAUAUAUUGUGUGUUUGUGAGAGAAACAUGAUAGGAAUAAUUGAGUCCAUCACAAAGAAAGAAAUGGUUCAAGAAGAAAGGGGAUUUAUUUUAUCAUGCAAUGCCAGCAAUCUGUGGCAGCCUAAAAUGUGCACAUCAUAGUAUACUUACAGAAGCACAAUCAAUUAAUUAUGGCAAAAUAAAUUGUUAUACAAUGUUAUGUAAAGACACAAUUUUUGAGUCUACCUCUAUUACCACUCUUUUUACUGCUAGUACGCGCUGAUCAAGAAACAGUCGCAACAGGGAAAUAGAGCAACACACUGCCGCCAAUCAGAAAACAUAAAGGAACAAACCAAUUUAUUUGAUUGAUGGAAGUGUAUUGCCCAAUUUCCUUGUGGUGACCGUUGUCUUGAUCAGCACAUAGCAAUGGAAAGAGAGGUAAUACACAAAGUUUUAAGAAAUUGGACAAAGAUUAUGGAAAAAACAGUUUUUAAUUUUUCUACAUUGUUUACCUGUGGGUAAUUGCAAACAAAUAAGUAAGAGCUGUUGGGACAAGUUGAAUUUAUUUGUGUUCUGAACAAACUAUAUUUAUGAAAUUACAGUUUAGUAAUAUUGGAUUAAUGAUUGGCAAAAAUAUUACCGGUAAUUUACGUGUAAAAAUACAUUUUACUGAUAUAAACUAAUGUCACAAUUCUGUCUUUACAAAAUAGACCCUAAAAUCAUUUGAUAAAACUUGGUAUAUGAUGAAAUUUAUUUUUCCAAAAACAGUAUUUAUAGAGCAUUUUUUGAGUGCUUUAUGUGUGUGGAGAGGGUUGACAUAUAGCUAGUAUAAAUAUAUAUUUUUAGGGUACUGCACAAUAAUAAGCUGCCAUUUGAAGGUUUGGGUGGGCUACAUAUAGUAAGGGGCUUUCAUUAUUAUUGGGGCACGUAGGGAGGGUUCUAGACCAAAUUAAUUGAUGUGUGACAUAAAAUCUGCGUAAUUCGAUAGCAACCCUUGCCAACACCAAAACUUUUAUUUUUUUACAAAGAUCGAUAGCAUCCCUUGGAUUUUUUCAAUGUAUGAUUUUUGUACUCUUAAAUUUUGCUUUCCCUUUCCUCAAACAAAGGCCCCAAUAAAUGAAAGCCAUCCUUACAAAGGGUGAAUAAUAAUAUUAUUAUUGAUAUAUUAAAAGGUUUUUAGCAAGGAUUGUGUUGCAAAAUUAUUUAGUGCUGGCAAUAACAGUAAGUUAUAAUAUUAUAUCUACAAUAUCAACAGUAGUAAUAUGAAGUUUGAUAUUAAUGAUUUAUUUUCUCAGGUCAUGCACCUUUUUAUGAAUGCUUAAUUUUUAUAUGGAGUUUAGUUUGCUGGUGGUAUAGACCAUGUUGUUUUGUGCAAACAUGCAUGCAUGAAAAUAUCUUGUACUUUGGCUUAGGCAUUUAUACAGUUAUAAAAUGUUGCAUGAACAAUAUUGAAAUACUUAUUAUUAUCAAUAUUAAUAGUAGUGGAAAAGUAAAUUUUUGUUGGUGUGAUAUAUAUUUAAUGCCAUCAUGCUUGGAGUAGUACUGUGCAGACAUAGAUGCAUUUAAGGGUUGAUCCAGUAAUUGGCUAAAUACUCCAACUUCUGCUUCCUAAGAGAUGAUUUAAUUUCUGGAACUGCCCUUAGCGUGAUUUUAGUUUUAUAGUACGUGUGCAAUUGAACAGCAAAAGAAGGUGCACUGAUCAAGGCCUAUCACUGUCAGGCCCCUGAUAUCACACCUGAACAAAAUCCACUAUUAUCAUGAAUUCUUGACGUUUAAUAUUUCUAACUUAUAUUUAAUCAUUUUAUACAGUUAUGAAAAUAAUUGUUUGUUCAUUGUUGACUUCAAUACAUGUCAGGUACAUCUAUAUUGAAGAAAAGUCAUAAAUUAUAGGUAAUGACAAUAAUAUGGUUAUCCUCAAAUUCAAAACUUUUUAUAUAAUUUGGGGCUUAAAAGCGUUUACCUUGACCUCAAUCAAAAUCUGUAGAUAUUUUUGAUUUAUUAUCGAUUAAUAGUUCUGCAGAGCGAUAUAAUCUAACCUGUGAGAAUAUAUAAUUUUUAAAGCAUUAAUUUUAGUGCCAGUAUCAUUGUUCUCUUUGUCUAAUUAGUUUUCUCACUUUCACAGGUUAAGUAAAGAGUGACUAAUUAACUAUUUAUUACAAUUUUUGAAGGUCAACUUCUUGUAGAUAAGAAUAUGUAAGUAGUUCAGUAAUUUAUAAGUAUAACAAAGCCCAAGGGAUUGCAGAUUUUGUACAGUUGAGCAUUAAAUUCACAAAUUCUAUUUUCUUA